AUGGCGAAUGCCCAAGCUCGCGGUGGCAGCAGCAGCAGCGGUGGCGGCGGCUUUGGCAGCAGCAGCAACGGCAACAGCGGGGGCGACAGCUGCGACAGCAGCAGCGGCAGCGGCACCGGCAGCGUUGACGGUGGCGGCCCGAAGGCGGCGCCCGGCCUCAAUCACAUCCACACGUGCGCGCUCCUCGCGCGCACGGCGCGCGUCACGCAGUACCACUCGCUACCGCCACAGCAGCUUGAGGGCUUCCACGCGUUCUUCUGCUCGGCCCUGGACCUGGCUUACGAGCGCCUGCCGGCCUGCGGGCCGAGGGAGGCGGCGACGAUGCUGUGGGCAGUCGCACGGCUCGGGCUGCACCCCGGGACGCCCUGGCUGGACGCGUACCUGGCGGCCGCGGCGGCCGCGGGGCAGCUGGCGCGCGCGGCGCCGCGGGACGCGGCCAACGUGCUGUGGGCGCUGGCGCGGUUCGGGCACGCGCCGCGGCAGGAGGCGCUGGGGCGGCUGCUCGAGGCGGCCGUGGGGGGCAGCGGCGAUGGCGGCGGCGGCGGCGGCGGCGCGCGGCAGCAGGACGGGCGGCGGCAGCGGCAAACGCAGCAGCGGGAAGGGGACGGGCGGCGGGACGGGCAGCGGCGGCCGGCGGCGGCGGCGGGCGGAGCGCGCCCCUGCGCGCAGGCGCUCGCCAACAGCGCGUGGGCGCUCGCGACGCUGGGGCUCGUGCCCCCGCGGGCGUGGCUCGACGCGUGGCUGUCUGCGGCGCUUGCGGUCGUUGACGACUUCACAGCACAAGGCCUGUCAAACUCUCUGUGGGCGCUCGCGCGUCUCGGCGCCGCGCCUGACCAGGAGUGGCUCGCGGCGGCGUGCGGCGCGGCGGCGCGGCGGCUCGGCGAGGGCGCCUUCAAGCCCGGGGAAGCUGCCAUGCUGCUGCACGCGCUCGGGCGGCUGCGGGCGGAGCCGCCCGCCGGCCUCCUGCUGGCGGUGCAGGCCGCGAUGCUUGAGCGCGACGGCGUGGCGCGGCUGCCGUUUGCGGACGCGGCCAAUGCGCUCUGGGGGCUGGCUGUGCUGGGCGAGCGCCCGGCACGCGCCUGGCAGCGCGCGUGCCUGCUGCGGCUGCAGUCCGCCGUGCGCGGCGCGGACGCACAGGCGCUGUCGACGUCGCUGUACGCGAUGGGGCGGCUCGGGCUGCGGCCGGCGCCCCAGUGGUGGGAGCCAGUCUGGGCCGCGCUGCCCGCGGUCCUCGGGGAGCAGCAAGCAGCCGCAGCGGAGGGUGCUGCCGGCGCCGGCGCCCGCGGCAGGGGCGGCGGCGGCAGCGGCGGCGGCGGCGCGGCAGUGUUGAGCAGCAAGUCGCUGGCGCUACACGCCAGCUCAGCGUGGAUGGCCGAGCUCGACGCGGCGGUCGCCGCAGCGCUCCCGAGGAUGCAGCCAAAGGAGGCGGCCAACGCGGCGCUCGCACUCGCGAAGCUGCCCCAUCCGCCGAGCGCGGCGCUGGCGGGUGGCGUGGCGGCGCUGCUGGAGGGGGGCGGGCGGCUGGGCAGGCUCGACGAGCUGCAGCUGCGGCAGGCGCUCGAGUUGUGGGACGCGCGCGCUGCAGCCGCGAACGGCCCCACGGCCUCAGAGGACGCGCUCGCCGCUAGCCCUUCGGACGGCGACGGGCGCCCCUUCUGCGGCGCCGGCGCGCGGGCUCUGAAUGGCGCCGCGGACAACGGCAGCAGCGGCCACAGCGGCGGCAGCGGCAAUAGCAGCGGCAGCUUACAGCCUGAGGAGCUGCAGCUGGCUUCCAGCUAG